GAGGGAGCGUCAUCAAAUUCCUGUCCCAGCAUCAGCCCAGGGAGCCGCUGACAAGCUCCUCUCCUCAUCUCCUUUGUCUCACCUCCCCUCUAUAAUUAAUAAGAGGGGACAGCCCGGCGCCGCUGACUUUUUUUUUUUUUUGUCCUGGUGGAGACAGGCAAUGGAAUAGACAGCCUUAUUUCCCGGCAUGCUCAGUGGCCCAGGCAGCUGUGUGGCCCCUCUGAGGAGCUGAUGCUCAGACAGGCAGGAGAGUGAUCAGCAGCAAUUCCCGGACUCAGCAUCCUGAGGAGACCCUCCAAUCCCACAGACAUGCCGCUCUUCACCUCCAACCCCUUCGAGCCUGAUGUGGAGAAAGCUACAAGUGAGUUGAACACGGCUGAAGACUGGAGUCUGAUCCUGGACUUGUGUGAUAAGGUCGGGCAGUCACGCACGGGGCCUAAAGACUGUCUGCGCUCUAUUAUGAGAAGAGUGAACCAUAAAGACCCACAUGUAGCAAUGCAAGCACUAACGCUGCUCGGAGCCUGCGUGUCCAACUGUGGGAAGAUCUUUCACUUAGAAGUGUGUUCAAGAGACUUUGCAAGUGAAGUCAGCAGUGUGUUAAAUAAGGGACACCCUAAAGUCUGUGAAAAAUUAAAAGCGCUAAUGGUGGAAUGGGCUGAGGAAUUCAAGAACGACCCACAGCUUAGUCUAAUUUCCGCUAUGAUCAAAAACCUCAAGGAACAAGGGGUCACCUUUCCGGCUAUUGGAUCCCAGGCAGCAGAACAGGCUAAAGCCAGCCCUGCUCUAGUGACGAAGGACCCAGGAACGGUGGCUACAAAGAAAGAGGAAGAAGACCUCGCCAAAGCCAUUGAAUUGUCUCUAAAAGAACAGAAGCAGCAAAGCACAGUGUCUAGUCUCUACCCAAGUACGAGCUUCCUGACAAAUCACAAAUCGGAAGGAAGAAAAGUGCGAGCCAUCUAUGAUUUUGAAGCUGUAGAGGACAAUGAAUUGACAUUUAAGGCAGGAGAGAUUGUUACUGUGUUGGAUGACAGUGACCCCAACUGGUGGAAGGGGGAGACUAACGAAGCGAUUGGGUUAUUUCCCUCCAACUUUGUCACAGCAGACCUCACAGCAGAACCGGAGAUGAUGAAGACAGAGAAGAAAACAGUUCAGUUCAAUGAUGAAGUACAAGUGGAAACUAUAGAACCAGAGCCUGAGCCUGUCUAUAUAGAUGAGGAUAAAAUGGAUCAUUUGCUGCAGAUGCUACAGAGCAUAGAUCCAGCUGAUGGUUUGCCAGACCCGGCAGAUCUUGUACAUCUGGAAGCUGCUUGCCACCAGAUGGGACCAUUGAUUGAUGAAAAACUUGAAGAUAUUGACAGGAAGCACUCUGAACUAUCAGAACUAAAUGUGAAAGUCAUGGAAGCACUUUCUUUAUACACAAAAUUAAUGAAUGAAGACCCCAUGUAUUCAAUGUAUGCCAAGAUGCAGAACCAGCAGUACUACAUGCCGCCAGCAGGGGCUGCUCCACAGCAGGCAUAUCAAGGCCAACAUCCGAAUGCCACCUAUCUUGUCACCGGAAAUACACAGAUGGGCCACGUUCAGACCUACUCUAUUCCUACAGAACAACUUCCGUCUCUAAGCCAAACGGCGGCUCCACAUCCUGCAGCCUCUGAGCUGGCCAGCCAGUCUCCGCAAGCUUCCUAUAAAGCCACAGUGGUCGGUUCCAGUACAGCAAGCACAUACAUGAACCCAGCUGCUGGUUAUAGCGCCAACCCUGCCCCCAUUGCUGGAGAUCUCACCAUUUAUCAGACUGGUACCAGUAUGUCCCAGGUCCCAAAUUACACACUACCCCCUGCAGCGCUAUCUCCACCCACAGCCCGCCAAGAUCAACAACAGACUUACCAACAGAAAGCUCUUCUAUAGGUCCUAGAAUCCUGGACUUUAUAUAUUAGCCCUAGCACCUAUAUAAUACCUGUAAGUAAUGUGACCUCAUUCUUUGUUAAAGUGCACCUGUCACUUUGUAGCAGAUAUAAUGCUCUUAAGAAAAAGUUAGAUGACACUUCUCAGUACUGUAAAGGUUUUAGUGUAUUUUUAAAGGGAAACGUUCUGACUCUACUUUUUGUUUUUAAGGCCUUCUAUUUAAUUUUUUUUAUAAUUUCUUCUCAGUGCUACUUGUUACACAUCUGCUAUGCAUAAUAAUGUAAUGUAUCCUUUACCAAAAUCUG